UGGCUGAAGCAAACCUGGCUGAAACAAAAACCUGCAGGGCAGGGGGUCCUUGAGGACUAGGUUGGGAAACACUGGCCUAAUGUUGUUCAAAACCCAGCACAAACUGCCAGUGAGCCUUCCCUCUAAGGGUGCAUGUGGGCCCAAACCAUGCAGGGAAUCCCCCAGUCACCCAACAUCCAAUGGACUCUGUCACUGCAUGUAUGCAGAAUUCAGUCGGGCAGCUGAAAUGUGAGGGGUCACAAUGGGAGGAUAAAUACAAGGUCCGGCGGGCUGGAAGGGUGUCGCAGACUAAAGGCCGGAUCUUCUCCCUCCCUCUCUCUUCUCCCAGCGCUCCUCCUAACCUCAAAGAGUCAGGAUGCCUCACGCAUACCCCUUCCUCACUCCUGAGCAGAAGAAGGAGCUCAGUGAUAUUGCUCACAGGAUCGUCGCUCCCGGCAAGGGAAUCCUCGCCGCAGACGAGUCCACCGGCAGCGUGGCCAAGCGCUUCCAGAGCAUCAAUGCUGAGAACACUGAGGAGAACAGGAGGCUGUACCGCCAGCUCCUCUUCACCGCCGACGAUCGCGCCCAGCCCUGCAUCGGUGGUGUCAUCCUUUUCCACGAGACCAUGUACCAGAAGACCGACAAUGGCAAGGUCUUCCCCCAGCACCUGAAGGAGAGAGGCAUGGUGGUCGGCAUCAAGGUUGACAAAGGUGUUGUCCCCCUGGCCGGAACCAAUGGCGAGACCACCACCCAGGGUCUUGAUGGACUGUAUGAGCGUUGCGCCCAGUACAAGAAGGAUGGUGCUGACUUUGCCAAGUGGCGUUGUGUGCUGAAGAUCACCCCCACCACCCCCUCCAGACUGGCCAUCAUCGAGAAUGCCAACGUCCUGGCCCGCUAUGCUAGCAUCUGCCAGAUGCAUGGCAUCGUCCCCAUCGUUGAGCCUGAGAUCCUCCCCGAUGGCGACCACGACCUGAAGCGUUGCCAGUAUGUGACUGAGAAGGUCCUGGCUGCCGUCUACAAGGCCCUGUCUGACCACCAUGUCUACCUGGAGGGCACCCUGCUCAAGCCCAACAUGGUCACCGCCGGACACUCCUGCUCUCACAAGUACACCAACCAGGAGAUCGCUAUGGCAACUGUUACUGCCCUGCGCCGCACUGUGCCCCCUGCAGUCCCUGGCAUCACCUUCCUGUCUGGUGGCCAGAGUGAGGAGGAGGCCUCCGUCAACCUGAACGCCAUGAACCAGUGCCCCCUGCACAGGCCAUGGGCUCUGACCUUCUCAUACGGCCGUGCCCUGCAGGCCUCUGCCCUCAAAGCCUGGGGUGGCAAGAAGGAGAACGGCAAGGCAUGCCAGGAGGAGUUCAUCAAGAGAGCUCUUGCUAACAGCCAGGCCAGCGUUGGCAAAUACGUCUCCUCUGGAAGCAGCGCUGCUGGUGGAGACUCACUCUUUGUGGCCAACCACGCUUAUUAAGCAUGGACCCUCACCAACACCCAACAACUUCCCACCAUCUCAUCACCAUGGAAAAUGCCAGGCCUUUGUUGGCUCCAUCUCUCUGUGAAACUGUCUCUCUCCAUCACUGGACAACAGCACUUUUACAGCAUCCUGGUAAAAAAGUGAGAGAGAAAGAUGCAAGAACCAAUUCUUUGGGUUGUUUCUGCAGCAAGAAGAUUCUGAAAAAUGUUCUGCCUCCAUUCCCUCUCCUUUUAUUUUUAAGCACCUUUUUUUCAGGUGAAGAUUCCCACUGAAUGUUUUUACACAUCCUACCACUGUUAUUCCUUGGUCUGAAUCCACCAAGUACAGUAUACAUGGUUUAUACUGGUGCCAUGGAAUAAAGUAUUUAUCCUCAAC